UAGAGUUAGCCGAGAGAAAUCACAAGAGCAGUGAUCUUCAUGGGGGCAGCUAUGUCUAGCAAGUGGUCUUCAGGGCUAUGUGGCUGCGGGAAGACUCUCGGCACAUGUUGCAUGACAUGCUGGCUCCCGUGUGUCACAUUUGGCCGAAAUGCAGAGAUUCUGGAUGAAGGACGCACAUCAUGCAUGGUUCAUGGUCUUGUUUAUGGACUACUAUGGACCAUAUCAUGCCAAUGGGUGAUCUCGUGUAUAUAUAGGGAGAAACUGAGGUCCAAAUAUGGAUUGCCGGCAGAGCCAUGUUGUGAUUGUCUCGUUCAUUUCUGUUGUGAGCCCUGCGCCCUCUGUCAGGAGCACGCCGAAUUGAGGAGCAGAGGCUUCGAUGCCUCCAAAGGUUGGGAUGGGCGGCCUACGGUUCCUCCUGUGCAUUUCCCCAUGUUUAAGUGAUUGAUGUGCUCUCCACAUUGCACAAGGCCAAUAACAUAUAUUGUAAUUUAGAUUUUUCUGCGCCUAUAGUUAAUAUACAAUUUUAUAGUGUUUGAUUAUAUUGGAUGGCAAUAAAGAUUCUGUUUAAGUUGUUUAGUUUA